UCUCUCUUUCUCUAAUAGUGUGAAACCAUGGCUUCUUCAUCAUCAGCAACGCUAUCGUCUUUGUCAAAUGGACUGGGUUUGGGAGAAGAAGCACUUCAUGUGCUAGCUGUUGAUGAUAAUAUCAUUGACAGGAAACUGAUAGAGUUGCUUUUGAAGAAAUCUGAUUGUAAAGUGACGACUGCAGAAAAUGGGGCAAGGGCACUGGAAUAUUUAGGUCUGGGUGACGAAAAAGCAAGCUGCACAGGCAGCAAAACUGGUUCAACAAUAAACAUGAUAAUUACUGAUUACAGUAUGCCAGGAAUGACAGGAUACGAACUUCUUAAGAAAAUCAAGGAGUCAUCUAAAAUGAAAGAGGUUCCUGUCGUGAUAAUGUCAUCCGAGAACAUCCCAACAAGAAUCAACAAUAGGUGUUUACAGGAAGGAGCUGAAGAGUUCAUGCUGAAGCCCAUCCAACAAUCAGAUGUGAAGAAAUUGAGAUGUCACAUGAUGAAACUUAACAAACCAUCAUAUAAUGGAAGGUUUUGCAUGGGAAGAUAAACAGAAGGAGACAUGCGAAAGACGGAUGAAUAACCCACUAUACAAAACAAUGGUUGGUACAAGUUCAUGAGAAAUAACAAUGAGAGUUUGAGGUCAUCAAGUUACAGAUGACUGAACUUUGUUACAGCAAGACAUUGGCUUUCCCUUGGAGUUCGGUUCGUGAUAUUUCAUACAUAGAACAAAGAAAUUUUGUUUUAUUUGGAGACCUGUUGUUUUACUUUAGAAUGUGUUUUACUAUUUUGAUUUCUGCAUGAUAAAAAUUUAUACAGGAAAUCGUUAAAGCGUAGUUACUUAAUCGGUUUGUGAUGGUAACGUCAGUAAGCAAAUGUAUAACAA